GUUUCUCCUCCCCUUGUUCCUGUGUCUCUCUCUCCCAGCAUUCAGUUCAUUGACUUUCUGUUUGUUUUCUGAACGAUCCUCUAAUGUGAAAGAGCUGAACGCUGACAAAAGACAAUGUCUUGGGUCUUCUGGAAUUUUCUUUUCUUGUUUCUAAUACACUGUGUGAACUCAGAAGUCUUCCUCCACACUCAAGAUGCCAGUCAGGUCCUGAGCCGGCGCAGGCGCGCCAACUCCAUGUUUGAGGAGAUGAAAAAGGGAAACAUGGAGCGUGAGUGUGUUGAGGAGCGCUGCAGUUAUGAGGAAGCCAGAGAAAUCUUUGAGGAUGUUAAAAAGACGGAUGAGUUCUGGCACGUGUAUGUUGAUGGAGAUGCGUGUUUGUCCCACCCAUGUCUCAAUGACGGCGAGUGUAAAGAUACGAUCGGGCCAUACACUUGUUUCUGUCAACAAGGGUUUAAGGGCUACAACUGUGAGAUUGUUAUUCCUGCGCUCUGUGAGAGUGAAAAUGGAGGCUGUGAUCAUUUUUGCAGGGUACAGCAGAAUAACAUCGCCUGUUCAUGUGCUAAAGGCUACCAGCUGGCCUCUAACGGGAAGUUGUGUCUUUCUCAUGAUCCUUUCAAAUGUGGCACCGUCCAUCCUCAGAAGACCAGAAGCAUCUUAAACAUACACAUCAACAACACUGAGAAUGAAGAGGAAACGCAUGUAGAGACCACUGUUGAGCCUGUCGUAGAUUUCACAAACCCUCCCAGCAAUGAGACAAAAGGCAUGUUCGGCCUCCUCAAGCAGGAGAUCAUGAAUCCAGUGGAGGAGCAACUAGUUCUGCCUGAAUCAUCUGAGGGAAACACGAGAAUCGUGAACGGUGUGAACUGUCUUCCUGGAGAUUGUCCAUGGCAGGCUCUUCUUAUUAAUGAAGACAACAUUGGCUUCUGUGGUGGCACCAUCUUAAACGAGUACUUCGUCCUGUCUGCCGCUCACUGCAUGAAUCAGUCACUCUCCACCCGCGUGGUUGUAGGUGAGUUUGACACGCUGGUCAACGAGAGUCGAGAGGUCACGCACGAUGUAGACAAGAUUCUGAUUCACAAGAACUACAUGGCUGACACCUACCACAAUGACAUUGCUCUCAUCAAGCUCAGCAAGCCCAUCAAAUUCACCAAAUUCAUCAUCCCUGCCUGCCUGCCAGAGCGCGACUUCGCCGAGCGCAUACUGAUGCAUCGGGAGGAUGGCAUGGUGAGUGGCUUUGGUCGCGUGCGUGAGGGCGGCCUUCAGUCCACCAUCCUCCAGAAGUUAACGGUGCCGUACAUCGACCGCGCCAAGUGUAUAGAGUCCAGUAAGUUUAAAAUCUCCAGCCGGAUGUUCUGUGCCGGAUACGAUCAAGAGGAGAAAGACGCGUGUCAGGGCGAUAGCGGCGGGCCGCAUGUGACACGCUACAAAAACACGUGGUUCGUCACAGGUGUGGUGAGCUGGGGUGAAGGAUGUGCGCAGAAGGGCAAGUACGGCGUCUACACGCAGGUCUCCAAGUACAUCAUGUGGAUCCAUAAUGCCAUGUCAAAAGUCAUGCCACAGAUGGAAGCUUCUAUAAAACCCAGAGCAAAGCGAGAGCUGCUUCAGAAGACACCCGUACGAAGAGUCUGAAGUAAAAAUCAACACCAUUUACUAUCUUUAUUCAUUUUGAUUCACCAAAUUCAAGAUUCAUCAUCUGUAUUGAUGGUAAAUUUGUUAAAAUUAAUUAAAUUUUAUAUGUUUUCAAUAAAUCUAAGUUGUAUGUAUAAAAUACCAUUGUCUUGUACAAUUACGAUAGAAAAUAUUUUACUAUUUGAAUAUUUAAAUUUACAGAACCUUCAUAAAUCGAAUAACAACUUACAAAAGAAAAACACUCUCAAAGUGUAUUUUUAUUCAUAAGGUUUUAUAAGUAGAGUUAAAUAAAUCUGAAUUUUAUAUGGUACAUCGCCAUUUUGCUCUGACCAAAUAACAUGAAAGCACCUGAUGACAUAAUUACGACUUGCCAACUCAUUAAUACGAAUUUUCCGGGAGGACUUGAACGCAAAAUAACUUGCUCCGGUUAUGAACAAUAUAAUAAAAUCCUCAUUAAUAAAGUAAUGUUAUUUCUAGUUAGAUCUUGUUUCGGUCUGAAAUAUGUCACAUUAUGGAGGGUUUGUCAAUGCUGUUGACUAUCAUCUAGAUGAGAUUUCACAGUUUUUUAUAAAGACGACCCUUGAUUUUAUAAACUGUUUUUAUUGUAUUUGUGUCAUAUAAAGUCAAAUGUGUUUCCUGACAAGAAAUAAAGUUGACAGAGUCUAUAAAACCCAGAGAAAGACAAGAGCUGCUUCAGAAGUCUGA